AUGGAUUUCUCCGAUAAUAGUUUUGGGUUCAGACCCAUGGCUGUGUUGAAGUUCGGCGAUGAUGAAGAGGUCAUGGACUUGUCAGAAAUCCUCACCCCUCGGGCUAAGGACUCUCCCCUCCCCCGGGCGAAAUCUGUACCUCCCCCGAUCCUGGAUGACGAAGACUCAGGACUUGGAAUGGAGUUCGAUGAAUUUCAAGAAAAUAAGAAAUUAUCGAUCCAGAACGAGACUCCGUGUCAGUUACAGACUCCAAAUACAAAACAGUCCUAUAGCGUACGUAGGUCUCUGUUUGAGAAGUCCAAGCGUCUCUUUGACGGAGACGACGAUGGAUCCAUCACCAAGAAACCAAGGCAAUCACAGAGACAAAUUACCUCAUCGUCACGUGCUCUGACCAAGUCAUUGUCAUUUGGGGAUCAACCUUUCGAAAAUUCAUCUCGAGACGUCAUUUCCGCUGUUGAGCGAUUGGUCGAGGAAGAGAAUCUGACAGGAAAUGGGGAAACCACAUACAUUUUACCCACAAUUCCUGGCAAACACUCUGACCUCAAAAGCAUCACACCGAAGAUUAUGGCCGACGUUUUGGAAGGGCGGUAUGAUGACGUCAUCAACAGCUAUCGCAUCAUCGAUUGUAGAUACCCUUACGAGUAUGAGGGUGGUCACAUCAAGAACGCUGAAAAUUUAUUCACCCGUGACCACAUCCAGGAUAUUUUAAGGUCGCGCAAAUGUGAAGAGGGCGAAAGGCAUAUCCUCAUAUUUCACUGCGAAUUCUCUUCAGAAAGGGGCCCGAAAAUGUCCCGAUUCCUCCGAAGUCAAGACAGAGAAAUGAACACCUGCCGAUACCCAUUUUUGAAUUUCCCGGAAGUGUAUUUGUUGCAUGAUGGCUACAAAAGUUUCUACCAGUCACACAAGGAAUUCUGUCAGCCGAUGAGUUACAAACCCAUGCUUCACGAAAACCAUGCUGAUGAUUUACGCCACUUCCGAUCCAAGUCAAAGUCCUGGUGCGCAGGCUCGAAGAAAAGAAGAUCUCAGCGUUUAGCUUUUUGA